CGCGUCCGAGGAACCCGCAGCGGUUCCCGGCUCACAGCGCUCCCGGCGAGGAUAGCGGGUGGAAGCCGGGGGUAGAGCCCCUGCUGGCGGCGAGGCACAGAGAAAGCGGAGCGCUCGGGGCGCUGCAGCCGGCGGCGUCGGGGCAGCGGCCUCGGCUGUUCGCGCGUCCCUUGCUCCAGGUCCCUGCGCCCAGGGCGCACGGUGGAGAGGGACGCGGCGCGGGCCACCCGGCCGCCAUGGAGCCGGCCCCCUCCGCCGGCGCCGAGCAGCAGCCCGCGCUCCUCGCCAACGCUUCGGACGCCUACCCCAGCGCCUUCCCCAGCGCGGGCACCAAUGCGUCGGGGCCACCGGGCGCACGAAGCGCCUCAUCUCUCGCCCUGGCCAUCGCCAUCACCGCGCUCUACUCGGCGGUAUGCGCCGUGGGGCUGCUGGGCAACGUGCUUGUCAUGUUCGGGAUCGUGAGGUACACGAAGAUGAAGACGGCCACCAACAUCUACAUCUUCAACCUGGCGUUGGCCGACGCUCUGGCCACCAGCACACUGCCUUUCCAGAGCGCCAAGUACCUGAUGGAGACAUGGCCCUUCGGGGAGCUGCUCUGCAAGGCUGUGCUCGCCAUUGACUACUACAAUAUGUUCACCAGUAUCUUCACUCUCACCAUGAUGAGCGUCGACCGCUACAUCGCCGUCUGCCACCCCGUCAAGGCCCUGGACUUCCGCACGCCUGCCAAGGCCAAGCUGAUCAACAUCUGCAUCUGGGUGUUGGCCUCAGGUGUUGGUGUACCCAUCAUGGUCAUGGCUGUGACCCGUCCUCGGGACGGGGCGGUGGUGUGCAUGCUCCAGUUCCCCAGCCCCAGCUGGUACUGGGACACGGUGACCAAGAUCUGCGUGUUCCUCUUCGCCUUCGUGGUGCCCAUCCUCGUCAUCACCGUGUGCUACGGCCUCAUGCUGCUGCGCCUGCGCAGCGUGCGCCUGCUGUCGGGCUCCAAGGAGAAGGACCGCGGGCUGCGGCGCAUCACGCGCAUGGUGCUGGUGGUGGUGGGCGCCUUCGUGGUGUGCUGGGCGCCCAUCCACAUCUUCGUCAUCGUCUGGACGCUGGUGGACAUCGACCGGCGCGACCCGCUCGUCGUGGCCGCGCUGCACCUGUGCAUCGCGCUCGGCUACGCCAACAGCAGCCUCAACCCCGUGCUCUACGCCUUCCUCGACGAGAACUUCAAGCGCUGCUUCCGCCAGCUCUGCCGCGCGCCCUGCGGCCGCUCCGAGCCCGGCGGCUUCAGCCGCGGGCGCGAGGCCACUGCCCGCGAGCGCGUCACCGCCUGCACCCCGUCCGACGGCCCAGGCGUUGGGGGCGCGGCCGCCUGAGCCGACCGCCCCGAUGCCCCCGUGCGGGGUCUGGAAGAGGGGCGGGGCGGUGGGAGGGGCCUCCGGGGACGGGCGGGGCGGAGGGCGGGGUCUCUAAGCUGAUGGAGACUUCGGGGCGUGGGAUGUGAGGCUCUAGAAUCAGGCCCCCAAAUAAGGGCUCUCCACGGGAGCGGAGAGUUGGAGUCCGGCCUGGGACCUCAGGGUGGGUGGGGACCGAGGUGGGGGCGGUGGCUUGAUUGAGUUGCAAGCUUGGACUUGAGCAGGACAGGGGAUGGAGUAGGGAUGGGACAGGACAGUCACGCCUGGCUCAAGAUCUGGGGAGCUAGAUGGGGGCCUGUGUGCUGUGGAUGCGGCUUCAACUCUCCUGCCUUGGGGGUGGAGGCCUGCCGCCAGUCCCAGCAAGGGGCGGGACUCACAGGGGUCUAGCCGCAACUUGACAUCUUUAUGCAUAGAGAAUAGGAGAGAAACGAUCCACCUUUCUCUCUUUGGCAGUCCACUGUUCCUUUGGAGCAGACAGGGCUGCCUCAGCACCGUGUCGCCAGCACCUGGUCUUGGUGGGGAGUGACACAGGAUAGUGGCGCCAGGGGCCAGCCCCUCCAGAAGAGGGUAGUGGGGUAGGGUCCCCAGAUCCAAGUUCUAACCAGGGCCCAGUGGCUCUGGAAGGAGCAAGAAGGUCCUCUAAGACCCCAACCACCAGUGGCCCUCUGUGCCACCUGGUGAUGGCGGGUGGACUGAGAGAGUGGCUAGCUACUACUGUUAAGGGUGGCUACUUUUGAGGGUCCCCAGAGCCCUGGUGUCUCUGGCCCAGGUGCUGGAGGACAGAGGACCACCUAGUUAGAGCCCCAUGGAUGGUUAAGUGGCACCGGGAUGGAUGGGAGGGUGUCAGAAGCCCCCAGUGCCAUGUGCUGCCUGGUCUGGGCCCCUGGUGAGAAACUUGAAAAAGUCAUCCUCCCUUCUCCCAGUGUCUGGCUGCACCCCACGUGUGUCCAGGGAGCUGGAGCUGCCCUGCAGGCCCUGAACUUGAAAGAGGUAUAGGGGGGGCUUUCAGAACUGCAGAGCCAGCGUUUGCUCCAUCCCCCUCCCCUGCCAGGGCUUCUACCUGCUCCUGCCCAGCCCCCCACCCCCACCCCACCAAGCUGCUGAGGGCAGUGUCCACCCAGAGCUGGGCAUAGGAGCCUUUCUCUUCCUAUGUUAGCAUUUUAUCCAGGCUCUCCCAGAUCUUGGCUUCCCCCAGGACCGGGGUCUGCCCUAGCCCCGUGCCACCCCCAUGCCCCAUCUCUCCCUCCACCCCAGACGCUGCCUCAGCCCUGCUUCCCUCACUCCCCAUGGAAGCAGUGCGCUGACAUCCUUGUAAAAACAAAUUUAAUUUCUUCCCUUUUUGGGACAGAUGGAAAGAAAUUGACGUCUUUUUUUCUCAAACAAAAGAAGAAAGACACAAUAUACCUCUUUUCCCUCUGACAGCCAUUUCUCCAGAACAAAAGCUGGGAGGCUGUCACUCUAGGCUGAACUAGCAUGGUGGGGGGUGGGGGUGCUUAGGCACCACGAUGGUCUUUGGGCGCAUUACGGGGAGGGAUGCCCUCCAUGAGCCAAGCACAGCACCCACUCAAGGUGACACCCCAGAGGCCCCAGGCCUGGGGAUGUUCCCCCUGGGGCCUGGAGAGGUGGCAGGGAAGUGGCCAGCGCUCACACCCACCCGCAACUGUGACCCAGAGGGACCCUGCGACCAUGAGGGUCAACAAGGCCAGGACACUCCUCAUCUGGGCCUCCUGCUGCUAAUGCUUCCGGACAAUGGCAGGGAAAGGGCACAUUUUAGGAAGCAGGGAAGGCGCUGCAGGCGGUGACCGCGGGGCCAGGGCUGUUUAUUCUUGCAAGGACCGUGUCCUCUCUGGUCCUCCUCAGGACAGACCUGUCUCAAGGCUGCUGCGGGCCUGCUCACUGCCGUCUCCCGGGGCCAGAACAGAUCAGGCAGAGUUUUACCCCUGGUGUUCUAUAGAUUUUCUUUCUGUCUGACGUGCUGGUUUGUCCACCCAGCAGGGGCUGGAUCCAGACCACGUGCGCUGGUUGUGUUGAAAUCAGCUUCAUGCCAGGCGGUGCACACUGGGCCUGGGGCUCGGAGCUGAGUCAGACGCGGGCCUGCCCGGAGACAGACAGAUGACUGCCUCUGGGCGUGAUCAGCAGUGACAGGGAGCCAGGGGCGUCCCUCAGGAUGUGCCUUUUCCAGCAUUUUACUUAAACACACGGGGUAGCAAUUCUGUAAGAGGUGGGACAAGGUCAGGGGCCUCAAAGGAAGCGUAGCAGUUGACCACCAGGAAGAGAGAACAGUGCAGCAGCACAGGGAUGUUUAAGCGCUUGGCGAGCCUGAGACGUGGGUGCAGGUGCAGCCUGGGGCUUAACCCAGCACUCCUGUGCGUCCCACCUGCUGCCCAGUGCCUUAUGCGCAUCAUUGCAGCGGGUCCUCACCACCGCCCUGUGGACGCCACAGUGGCAUCCCCAUUUUCAACAAGAAGGAUGAGGCUCACAGAGGUCAAGCCCCUUGCCUCUGGGUCACAGAGCCUGUCAAGAGCAGUAGAAGUGAGGUUAGGGGAGUUCCAGGACAAUUCCAAAGUCCACAUUUUCAGUGAAUUCCAGGCAUCCUUAAAGUAGUGGUAGUGGGCACCCUGGCAGGAGGUUUUUAAAAGACUGAAAUGGAAAAAUCCGAAGGGAAAGGGCAAUUUUCCAUGAACUUUUGCUCCUCCUGGAGCUCCAAACCUUCAGAUUUCAGAAUGCACUGUGCACGAUGCAUUGGGAGCUGCACAUUGACAGUGCAAUUCGAGAUCGUCACAGGGCUCUCAGCACUGCAGAGCAGUCUGUUUCCCCCCAGUUUCCAUUUCUCUCUCUCCAGGAGGUGGGAGGGAGGUUUCUGCCUCUGGUUUAAGAAGUCCUACAGGCUCGUAGCUCUUCUUGGUGUCUGGGAAGCAGUGCUUAAGGCUGGCAUCAGGUCUCGCUUUCCUUCCCUCAGCCUCAGUUUCCCCAUCUGUUGAGUGGGCCACCUGCCUGGGGUGGCUGGGAGCAUUGAAUGAAGUGAUGCCUCUGCUCCUGCAGCGCCCACACAGGAAGCCCUUGGCUUGUGCUAAGUGGCUGCUACUCAAAGUGGAGCAGGAGUGCAAGGUCAGAGCUGGAGGGAGAGGGGAGGAGCAGCGGGGAAGAGAGAACCUGGGGAGGCAGCCGGGGAUGCCCCUGCUUGCUGUGCUCUGGAGCCACCGCGGAGAGGGAGAAGCUGCCGGAGAAGUGGGAGAAGGACGGGGAGACAGUGUUGCCAUGGAGAUGAGGAGGAGGGCGUUCCCAGGGGGAGGGUGUGAUGGAGGAUGUCAAGUGUCAUAGAGAAGGUGGGGGUGGGGAGGGCAAAAGGGUGAUGGGAGUAAGCCAGUUUCAAGCUCAGUCUCCUCCGUGGCCUGGAAAGCAGCUCGCGCUGGGUUCAGAUCUCAGCUCUGACACUAACUGGCGAGGGAUGGCCCACUCUGAGCUUUGGGGUCCUCCCAGAUCUAAGGGCUGGGCUGGCCGCUAGUAAGAACCCUGCUUUGCUGGAUUCUUGGCCUCUUGCCAGCAGUGUGAUGGGAGACAAAGCACUUCACCUUCAGGAGCGCCCCCUAAAGCUGACCCGUUGCAAGUGAAGUGGUGGCACCUGGGAGGCCCUCAUGCCAGGGUCACUCUCAGCACCGUGGGUGCCGGAGGCAGCUGCCUGCGGAGGCUUGCUUGGCUUGGAAUUUGAAACUCCUUAAAAUGAAGAGGGGCCCUGGCCUCCUGGGAGUGCUUGGAGGAGCAGAAGUGUGGGCCAGGCGCCUGCUGGGGCUUAGCCAAAGACCUGUGACAGAUCCUUAGCCCAGGCCCGGCUCAUGCACCAACACAGACGCUCACCUCUCUCACCUCUCGUUAUCAUCAGUCCUUUCAUUUCAUGUCCGGGCGCUGAGCACAGGGUGCUGGGAGCUGGCGGGCCGACAGAGAGAGGCUCCAUCCAUUCCUCUGCAGCGGGUGUGCAGGUGCUCAGAGUGGACACUGGGCCAGCUGGCUGGGUGGCGCCGCUGUGGGUGGUGCAGGCAUUCAAAUGAGGCUGGGGGGGGGGGCUUCAACAGAGACAUGGUGCUGAGGGGCGGUGUGGCCCUGGGAGGCGGUCCAGGUUUGAGCCCCAGUGCCAACACCAGAGGUGAGCUCUCCGCCCCCUGCAACACACGCGGCGCCCAGCCACUGGCAGAGUGCCCAGCGAGCGGCCGCUGUAACUUUAGAGCGGUGGUAGAUGGCGCUUCCCUGUGCCCAGCUCCGUGGAGUAACCUUCCCGGCAUGACUGGCGGAGGCAUUAUUAUUACUACCCUCUUUUUACAGGUGAGGAAACUGAGGCUCAGGGAAAGGAGCAACGUGCCCGAGCCCCAUGGGUUGGCAGUGAUGACCAAGCUAGGAUCUCAUCGUAGGUCUGUCAAGUCCAAGUUCACUUCCUCCUCCUUCCAUGUGGAAGCACUCUGGUUACACAAAGAUGCCCAGGUGCAGCUCACAGCCACGGAGCGAGCGUUCCCUGUGCCAGGUGCCAUCCUUGUCAGCUGCCCGCGAAUCUGCUGUGAGCUUGGCAGGUUUCUCACCUGUCCACUCUCCCUGGAAAGCCUUCGUGUUCUGUAAUUGUUUCCGCUGCCUCUCAGGUCUCUGUUGUGUGACCCUGGGUGAGAUAUUGCACCGUCUGCGUCCGUUUCCUCAGCAUGGGUGGAGGACCUUGUCUGUUGUGGUCACCGAGGCAUUUGCAACAGAUGCCAACGGGCACACCGUGGUCCUUCCUCCACGUGGCUGAACAAUGUGCCUGUCGCUGAGUGAGGGCUUGGUACAUGGAGCUUUUUAAAUGUGAUCUAAUGUUUUGGGCUCUACCUGCUCCAACCAUGGUUUUUAGUGCUGUAGAAGGGCCAGGAGCAAAGGGCUUUCUCUCUUGACCAUGUCCCUGGGUCUCAGAGGGGACUGUGGGCACUGGAGAAGCAAACCGCAGUUCUUUGUACUCUUCUGUCCUCAGCAGAGCGGCCCACCCGGGACAGAGCGGGGGCAGCCUGGAAGAGGAGCAAAGGUCCCCAGGGGCGCCGGCCUGGGUGUUUUGGUCUGAACGCUAGAACCACGGGAAUGGAAUCCCUUAGUGGGUGUCAAUGCAGGUGACAUGCAUUUGAUGGGACUCGUUGUCUAGAAUCUUCUCUUGGGGGGCCUGCCACUGCAGCAUAGUAGGUUAAGCUUCUGCCUGGGGUGCUGGCAUCCCAUAUGGGCACUGGUUCUUGUCCUGGCUGCUCCACUUCUGAUCCAGCUCUCUGCUAUGGCCUGGGAAAGCAGUAGAAGAUGGCCCAAGUCCUUGGGCCCCUGCACCCGCACGGGAGACCCGGAAGGAGCUCCUGGCUCCUGGCCUUGGAUCGGCGCAGCUCUGGUCGUUGGUCGUUGUGAUCAUUUGGAGGUGAAACAGCAGAUGGAAGACCUCUCUCUCUCUCUCUCUCUCUCACUCUGUGUCUCAAAUAAAUAAAUCUUUAUUAAAAAAAAAAAAAAGGAAUCUUCUGUUGAAGUGAAUCCCGGGACAGGACACAGAGGACGCAGUCUAGACUCUGCUUCCUUGCCGUCGGCUUGGACUGAACGAGGCUGGCGCAUGUCAGAGACUUGACGCGGACACCUGCUUUUCGCCUGGGCACUGAAGACCCAAGCUUGGAUUCUUCCAAUAAAGAGUACACUGUUGA